CAAACCUCUCUUAGUUGGAGUGUAUCAAUCAUCUCUACUCUCUUUUUGCUUAAUUUGCUUAAUGGGUGCUCUUAAUUAUCUUUCCAGCUUCUUCUCUGUCACUAGAACAAGAACCAAGAGGAAGACAAUGCAGAAAGUUGAGAUCAAAGUCAAAAUGGAUUGUGAUGGCUGUGAAAGGAAAGUUAAGAAGGCUGUCUCGUCAAUGAGAGGGGUAGAAAGUGUGGAAGUGAACAGAAAGCAAAGUCGGGUAACUGUGAAUGGGUUUGUGGAAGAAAACAAGGUGUUGAGAAGAGUUAAGAGAACGGGGAAAAGAGCUGAAAUAUGGCCAUACAUACCUCAACAUCUUGUCCAUUAUCCACACGCGUCAGGAGCCUACGACAAAAGGGCACCACCAGGUCAUGUCAAGAAUUCAUUUGCUUUUCCAGCCUCAGAUGCAUCCGAGAGUAACAUUGUCUCAUUUUUUAGUGAUGACAAUGUAAAUGCUUGUUCUAUAAUGUAGUAUCCUACAAAGUCAAUUGCCUUCCUUUAUCUUCUACUUAAUCAAUAAUAUCACAGCUGGUC